AUGUCCAAUCAAUUAAAGUCUAACAACGACCGUAUUACUUUGAAUAAUGGCAACAAAAUCCCAGUUAUUGGAUUAGGCACUUGGGAAUCUAAUAAAGAUGCCUUUUUGACAGCACUCAAACUUGGAUACAGACACAUUGAUACAGCAACAAUAUACAAAAAUGAAGAACAAGUUGGCCAAGCAAUUAAAGAAUCUGGCAUACCAAGAGAAGAAUUGUUUAUUACCACAAAAGUAUGGAAUAAUGACCACAAAAAUGUUCAACAAGCUUUAGAAACGUCGUUGAAGAAAUUGGGUCUUGAUUAUGUUGAUUUAUAUUUAGUUCAUUGGCCAGUAUCUAUUGAUAAAUCAACUAACCAGCCAUACCCAGAUUAUGACUACGUUGAUACUUAUAAAGAGUUGCAAAAAAUUUAUAAAACAACUACCAAAAUCAAAUCAAUUGGAGUCUCCAACUUUACCAAGAGUCAAUUAGAAAAAUUGUUAUCAGCUGAUGGGGUAGAUGUCGUGCCAGCAGUCAACCAAGUUGAAGCACAUCCAUUAUUACCUCAACCAGAAUUGUAUGAUUAUUUAAAAGAGAAGGGAAUCGUAUUGGAAGCGUACUCUCCAUUGGGUACAAGCAACUCACCAUUGAUUAAAAAUAAAACCAUAGUUGAAAUUGCUGAAAAGAAUGGAGUUGAUCCUGCUCAAGUUUUGAUUUCGUGGGCUAUUCAAAGAAAAACCGUGGUUUUGCCAAAAUCUGUCACAGAAUCAAGACUCGUGUCAAAUUUGAAAACAUUUGAAUUAUCAGCAGAAGAUUUUAAUACCUUGAAUAAGUUGUCUGAAGAAGAAGGUACCACUCGAAUCAUCAACCCUUUCAAGAAUUUCCAAGAUUAA